AUGUCUUCCACCGGAGACGUUGCCUAUACUUAUGCUUGCUUGAUCCUUCACACUGAUGGCAUUCCUGUUACUGCUGAGAAAAUAACUACAUUGGUGAAAGCAACCAAUGUGAAGGUGGAAUCAUACUGCCCCAUCCUUUUUGCAAAGCAUUGUGAGAAGAAAAAUGUGGAGGAGCUUAUCAUGAACGUUGGGUCGGGUGGAUCCAUUGUUUCUACUGGCGUUGUUGCCGUUGCUGCUCCUGCUACUGGUGAAGAUGUUGCGACAGCACCUGCUGCUGGCGAGAAAAAGGAAGAGGCAAAGGAAGAGAGUGAUGAAGGGGCCAUGUUUAGCUUGUUUGAUUAG